ACGUUGUCACUGUCACGGCGUAUGGCGCGUACGCCAAGCCUCCCUAGCUUUCCGCUGCGGGUUCAGUGCAGCCUGUGCGACCCAAUAUCCGCAUCCGUGCUUUUUUUUUUUUUUUUUUGCUGCGGUGCACCUACCUCCACUAAUGCGACGCGGUGGCGGUAUACCUGCCGUUGCGGCACGGGCCGGAAACCACGGCCUUAAUGACGCUCCUUCUUCCGCCCUCCUCGCCACUACUACUACUCGCCAGACACGAAACCAGCAAUCUCUCACUCGCAGUCUUUCGUUCUCCGUAAGCGACCGCCAGAAAGGUGCCGCUUCGUCGUCGGCGAUAACCAUGCCUGUCGUGCUGUACAAUCUAGUCGGCAGUCCGCCCUGUGGCUUCAUCCGCUGCUUGGCGAAACACAUCGGCGUCGAGCUGAACCUCAACAGCCUCGAUUUCACCAAAGGAGAACACCGCACCGAACAGUUCCUCAAGGUCAACCCGUUCCACAAGGUACCUGCGAUUGACGACGAUGGCUUCAUUGUCUAUGAGAGCAACGCCAUCGCCUACUACCUACUGCGGAAGUAUUCCCCUGAAUCGGAACUGUACCCUGCGUGCAUUGAGACGCGCACUCGCAUCGACCAGGUGCUGGCAGCCGCCAGCAGCAACAUACACCCGCAGCUUGGCGCCUUCUUCCGUCCCCGCUACUUUCAGAGUACCAAACCAAGCGCAGAGGAGGUGAAAGCCUUCGAAGAAAACGUAGUCAAGAACCUCGAGAACCUCAUCGGAGACAGCAAGUUCGCCGUGGGUGACAAGCUCACUGCUGCUGACCUCUGCCUCAUAGGGCACGUCACCGUCUGUCUCGAGUUUCCUUGUGUCGACAAAGCCAAAUACCCCAAGCUUACAGCCUACUAUGAACUUGUGAAGAAUACGCUCCCCUACUACCAAGAGAUCUUCGGGCCUUUCACUGUUCAAACCAAGCAACUCUGGGACCGUCUGAAGUAGCCACUAUUCGUCCCUCUUCCCCAGAGAAGCUGAGACUGAGCCAGAAGAGAGAUACCGUGGAUACCUUGAAUACCGUGGAGCAUGUGGAUACCGUGGAGGCUGCAUAGAACCUACUUCAGGGUCUAGCCUGGUCGUGGCUGCUUGUGCAGCAUCGGGGUGCAUCACAUGCAGGAGAAGUGGUGCCUUAAUUUUAAUAAAAAAGAGACCUCCCA